CUCCAAGCGGUGUCCGAUAAUUCUUAUAAAUAAAACACUCUUCACACAGUUUUCAAUACUUCCAAGUUUGUUCUUGCGAAUUAACGAGCGUAUAAGGAAUGGGCGUGCUGUUGGUGUUGGUGCCCCUGGCGGCGGCGGUCUGCCUGGUCGCCGGCGACGGCUACGUGGACAUCAGCGGCGUCGGCCGGUACAAUCUCGUGGAGAGGAACGUGACGUGGAGGAAGGCGAGGAGCCUGUGCAACGACGAGGCGGCCCACCUGCUGGUGCUCGACUCGGCCAAGGAGUACGAGGCCAUCAUCCAGCACUUCGGUAGGAACAUCACCUCGAGCGGGCAGGAGGUGCACAUCGGGUUCCACUCGCUGUUCGUCCACGACGAGUGGCUCACCAUCUUCGACGACCCUCUUGGUGAAUCUGGAUAUUCCAAGUGGAUCAUAGACAAUCCAGAGGAAGGUGAGCGGUGCGGAGGUUUGUGCACGGAGCCCGAUGGCCUGUGCUCCCAGCACUGCGACAAGAGCCUGUUCUUCAUCUGCGAACAGGAGUCCAAAUAAGCGCAAUUUAUUUUUUACUAUGGUGUUCCAAAAAAAAUUGCAUUGUAUAAUUAAAGGACUUAUUUACAGCAUUCUGUAUCCCUUAACCUUAAACAAAUGUUAAGCUUGUACAUAUUUAUAAAUUUAAUAAAAAUAACGACAUAAUCUCCGA